UGGACAUGGCAGCGCCCGCUCGUCCCGGUAUGAACGCUCCCGGUGUGAUGGUUAUAGGCAUGUGUUCUCACCUCCUCUCUGUUUUCCAGGCAGGACAACCAAUGUGCCAGAAACAAUGUCUUCCAGGGGGACGCUGCAUGCCGUGGACUGUGGGGGCUUUGAUGCAAUACAGACACGGUCGCGUGCACGAGGUAUACACAAGUCCUGCUCCACGACCUCCCAGCAGUAUUCCUCCUCUUUCCGGCUCCAUUCCUGGUGAUAUGACCCGACCAAGACCUCCCAUGAGACUCUACACAAGGUGGAGUCCCCAAUGCCUGUAAUCCCCAUCCCCCGCCGCGUUCGGUCAUUCCACGGCCCCCACACCACCUGCCUGCACUCGGCCUGCGGACCGGUCCGGACGACGCACCUGGUGCGCACCAAGUACAACAACUUUGACAUCUACCUGAAGUCCAGAUGGAUGUACGGCUUCAUCCGCUUCCUGCUGUACUUCAGCUGCAGCCUUUUCACUUCCAUCCUCUGGGUGGCACUCUCCAUCCUGUUUUGCCUUCAGUAUCUGGGCAUCCGAGUGUUCCUGCGAUUCCAAUACAAACUGUCCAUCAUCCUGCUGCUGCUGGGGCGGAGGCGGCUCGACUUUAGCCUGGUGAACCAGCUGCUUAUUUAUGGGGUUCACGUCAGCAUGCUGCUUGUCGGAGGACUGGGCUGGUGUUUUAUGGUGUUUAUAGAUAUGUAAAUAGAUGCAUGCGGGGGGGAAAGCGAUGUUCCCGGGCAGUUUUAGUAGGAGUCGGUCUUGUUCUUCUUUUAUUCAUCAGUGCGAGGCUAGUCUUUUUUUUAAUAAAGGCAUGUAAAUACA